AUGGCCAUAUUGGAGAAACCAGUGGUGUCGGUUUACCCAUCGAUCCCGAAUAUUGAUUCGAAGGUCGAGUCGAUCAAGGGACCUUCAGGUCUGAAUGGAGCGACCCCGGCGGUGACGGUGAAGGAUGCAGUGAAUGAGUCUGAGUUGCAAACCCCGGUGUCAUCGAAGUUUGAGUUGGAAGAUCAUCCCAUCGAUGCAUUGAGGCCUGUGAAAGUGGGUGUUAUCGGAGCUGGCCUUGCUGGAAUUACUGCUGGUGCGUUGUUGCCAGUGAAGCUCCCAGGGCUCGACUUGCGUAUAUACGACAAGAAUGCCGAUGUGGGCGGCACCUGGUUCGAGAACACGUAUCCCGGUGUUCGUUGUGAUAUACCGGCCCAUGCCUAUCAGUCUGGCUUUGCGCCAAAUACGCAGUGGUCAGAGGAAUUUGCCCAGGGCGCAGAAAUCCGAGAGUAUUGGCAAGGGGUUGCAAAGAAGCAUAAUGUGUACCAAUAUCUUCGACUGCAGCAACAGGUGCGAAAGGCCGAAUGGCUUGAAGAAGAGGGAAAAUGGAAAGUAACGAUUGAACAUGUCGAUGGAUCCAACAAGGUAUAUGAAGAAAAGUUGGACAUCCUCAUCAAUGCCAUCGGUCAUUUCAAUGCCUGGAAACUACCUGAUUAUGAAGGCAUCGAAAACUACAAGGGAAAGCUCUUCCACUCCUCUCAUUGGGACCACUCUGUUGACUUGCAAGGGAAGCGAAUUGCCUUGAUUGGCAACGGGGCUUCGGGGUUGCAAGUUCUCCCCUCCAUCCAGCCGAUUGCCAGCCACGUCGAUCACUAUGCACGAAAUCCCACCUGGAUCGCCGACUCCUUCAGCAGUGGAAGCUCUGGUGUGCGCCGACUGGAGCCGAACAUCAUCCCCGAGUCAUUGCGGGAGACAUUUAAAGAUCCAAAGACCUAUCUGGAGUAUCGGACAGGAGUGGAACGAGGAUUCUUCCAGCGAUUCGGGGCCAUCUUCAAAGACACGCCUGAAAAUCACGAGCUGCGUGAGAAAUGGACCGAGAUCAUGUUACACCGCGUCGCAGAGAAACCUGAGCUAGGGGAACACAUUCUGCCUGAUUUCCCGCCAAAUUGCCGUCGCCCGACACCCGGGCCGGGAUACCUGGAGGCUCUGACGAAGGAAAAUGUCAGUUAUAUCCGGCCGCGGAUUCAGCGCUUUACGGAGACAGGCAUUGUCACCGAAGAUGGGAUCGAGAGACCUGCUGAUAUCACUAUCUGUGCAACGGGCGCGAAUGUUGACCAUGCGCCGCCAUUCUCCAUCGUUGCCAACGGUAUUGACCUGAAGUAUGCCUGGCAGAGAGAUGGUCUUUUCGGAUUCCCAUAUUCCUACCUUGGCUUUGCGACUCCCGGUUUCCCCAACCUCCUUUGGCUUGGUGGCCCCUAUGCAUCUGGACACAGCGGCACAGUUCCCAACAGCAUGGAGAACCAGGUCACCUACAUCGCAAAGGUAGUGCGCAAAAUCCGCAGUCAGGGCAUCAAAUCCAUUGCCCCAUCGAAGCAAGCCGCGGACGAUUUCGUCGAGUAUUGUGAUCAGUUCUACCCGCGCACUGUCUGGUCGGCGAACUGCAGCUCGUGGUAUAAUGGCGGCCAGCCCGGGGCUCGCAUUCACGGAUUAUUCCCUGGAAGCGCGUCCCAUGCGAACUACAUUCGGCGGGACCCACGGUGGGAGGAUUGGGAGUAUACAUAUGUGAACCCUAGUGGGAAUCGGUUUGCGUACUUUGGCAAUGGUUGGACCUCGAGAGAGCUGGAUCCGGAUGCUAACUUGACGCCGCAUUUGAAACUUCCUGCGGAAAUCGACUUGAAGACUCACAUGGAGGGUUGGUGGGAUGUUUGA